CCCAUGACCGCAACAUCUCCAUGACUGUAUACUUGAUCCCAGUCCACAGAAAYCUCUGAGAYGGUCAACAUGUUUCCGUGGAGGCUGCAAAACAUUUUAUUUCUCCUUCUGUUCUGCAAUUCUGAUGGACAGAUUUUUGGCGGCAACAGAAGACGCCUCUGGCCUAGCAGACCUAUGACAUUUGAUAGUUACUUGGAGCUCCAUGAUGUACCAAAUGCAAAGAAAACCAUCGAUUCUUCACCAAGGUUCACUCUGGUGGCUCCCGACAUCCUGAGGACCGACACCGAGGAAAACAUCUACUUACAGGCAGACGGCUUGCCCACUCCGCUCAUUGCCUCCAUCGUCAUCCAGGACUUCACCAAAAGCGUUAUGCUCCUCCAGGAGACGGCCAUACUCAAUCAGGAAAAUGGCUUCCAUGUUCUCAAGAGCAUAGAGCUUUCAUCCGCGCUCUUGAAUCGUGAGGAGAAAAAGAACAAGUUUGUUUAUCUGCAAGUGAACUUUGGGAGUCAUCACUCCAUGGAGCGAGUGCUGAUGGUGUCCUUUCAUUCUGGCUACAUCUUCGUCCAAACCGACAAACCCAUCUACAAACCCGGAGACACCGUUCGUUUCCGAGCUUUCGUGUCUUCUCUGUUCUUUAAGGCCUUGGACAGCUCCAUCACUAUAGACAUUCAGAAUCCAGACGGGGUGGUGGUCAGUCAGAUCUCCAGGACCCGACCCACUCAGGGCAUCUACGCCGAUUCCUUCCCUCUGUCUGACAUCGUCAAUGAAGGAACAUGGCUGUUGACGGCAAAGUUUGACCAAUGGCAGCAGAACGCUUUCACCUCCCGUUUCGAGGUGAAGAAAUAUGUUCUCCCUGCCUUCAACGUUACACUGACCCCUAGAAAGCCCUUCCUCAGCCUGGAUGACAAYGAACUGGUUGUAGAAAUUUCUGCAAGGUACUUGUUCGGGGAGCCGGUUCAGGGGACGGCUUACGUUGUGUUCGGAGUGAAACUCAACCAGGAGAUGACRAGGUUACCUGCCGUGAAGCAGGUGUCGGAUCUGGAUGGAGGAACCGUCACUCUGAGCAUGCAGGAGCUCAGGAGAGCUUACCCCAACAUCAGGAGCUUAGUGGGAAACUCUGUUUACGUGAAAGCAUCUGUGGUCACCAAGACGGGCAGUGAUCUGGUCGAGGCAGAAAAAUCUGGGAUUAAAAUCGUAGAGUCCCCAUAUGUCUUAUCUUUUAAAGACGUGCCAAAGUUCUUCAAACCAGGAAUACCGUUAGACCUAACAAUUCAGGUGAGCCAGCACGACGGCUCCCCAGCCCGAAACGUUUUGGUCAAGCUGACUCAUCUGGACGCACCACUGACCAUCUCAUCAGGCACCGCCAGAGUCAGCAUCAACAUGCCCAACGUACAAAGUACUCAAACGCUCACUGCUGAGACGGCACAGGCUGACCUGAAACCGGAACAGCAGGCCAAGCAGCAGAUUACRCUUCAGCCUUACAGGACCAGCGGGGGGCAGCAAAACUACCUGUACAUCUCCACGGGAACCAACAAAGUGUCUGUAGGAGACAGACUAUCGCUGCAGUUCUCCAUCUCUUUAUCUGACCCGUCACACAGAGAGUUCAUCAAACACAUCACCUAUCUGGUGCUGAAUAAGGGUAAAAUUGUGAGCGCUGCACGWCAGGACGUGACGGGCCAGCUGGUGACCAGCGUUGGGUUGUGGGUCACGGCGGAUAUGAUGCCGUCGUUUCGGGUGGUGGCGUUCUUCACCAUUCCCUGGUCGGGGCUGGAGGAGCUGGUUUCGGACUCGGUCUGGAUCGACGUGGUGGACGGCUGUGUUGGAGGGCUGAAAGUUUCAACAGACUCUGUACAGCGUCACUACAUACCCGGGAAAAACUUCAACUUCCAGAUCCGAGGGGACCCGGGGGCAAAGGUCAGCCUGGUGGCUGUGGACAAUUCUGUGUAUCUCCUCAACGGGGAGCGACUCACACAGAGAAAGCUSUGGGACGUGGUGGAGCACGGAGACAUCGGCUGCACCAGAGGGGGAGGGCGAGACGCCAAAGGAGUCUUUACAGAUGCCGGACUUCUUUACUUCUCAAGCGGCGGAGUCAAAACCGACACCAGGCAGACCCUGCAGUGUCCAGGCAGUACCAGAAGGAGGCGCUCUGCUGAACUCAUGCAACGUAAAGCAAGGCUGGAGAGUCACUAUAAGGAGAAGCUACAGCAGCGCUGCUGCAAAGACGGCCUGAGGGCCAUUAAAAUGCCGUACUCCUGCACCCGCCGCUCCCUCUACAUYACCGAGGGCCCGGAGUGCAUCCUGGCUUUYCGCUACUGCUGCGCCACCUACAGGGACCAAGUGUUCAGCACGGAGAUCCCUACCACUCCUCCACCCCUGACCACCCCUCCCCCCACCACUCUUCCACCCCUGGCCACCUUUCCCCUGAACACCCAUCACAUAGCGGCGCCUAUUUCUGACCGUCAUUUUGACAGAGUGGUGCUCAAUUCAAGAGUAUUUGUUUCACGGGGGUUUCCUGAGUCGGAAACCCUGGAGGACAACGAAGAGGAAGAGGAGUGGGAGUACAUGGAUGAGACUCAGGUAUAUCUGCGGUCCAAGUUCUUCGAGUCCUGGUUGUGGAUGGAUGUGAGCCUGCCGAGCGAGACGGACAGAGACGGGUUUGCUUUGAAAAACAUGGACAGUGCUUUACCUGACAGCAUCACAGAGUGGGGAGUUUUGGCCAUCAGUGCAUCACAUCAAACAGGUUUCUGUGUGGCGGAGCCRUACAAUUUCAAAACCUGGAAGCAUUUMUUUGUCGACCUCAAGCUCCCGUACUCUGUGGCAAGGAACGAACAGUUGGAGAUCAAAGCCGUCAUCCACAACUACGGCUACGAUGAGAUGCAUGUCAGGGUGGUCCUGAUGAAGACCGAAGGCAUGUGCAGCGUCGCCUUCAAGGACAGACACACCCAGGAAGUGACGCUGCCAGCGGGCUCCUCCGUGGCGGUGCCRUACACCGUUGUGCCGCUGGUGGUGGGCAAUCUGCCACUGGAAGUAAUGGUGGUCGGCAGAGACAUGACGGGGRGCGACCGCAUCCGGAAGUUCCUGCGAGUUGUGAUGGACGGAGUGCAGAAGACCGAAGUUUGGAGUGCCGUGUUGAACCCGUCUUCUCAAGGAGGAACUCAGGCGAUUCGCAUCRGCAAGACUGAACUGAAGUCGGUCGUGCCGAACUCUGUGCCAGAGACGUUCAUUAACGUCAGAGGUAACGUCUUGGCGGACAGCAUCGAUAACUCCAUCAGCGAGGACUCGCUGGCGUCUCUGAUCCGGAUGCCCGGUGGCUGCGUGGAGCAGAACCUGGCCUCCAUCACUCURCCGCUGAUCGCCACGCUCUAUCUGGACCGAACCAACAACUGGGAGAGAGUUGGGGUGGAUCGCAGAGAUGAGGCUCUCCGAUACAUCAAGAGAGGCUAUGAAAAUCAGUUGGAAUACAGAAGGAGUGAUGGCUCAUACCCCCCCUACAGGCGUGAAGAUGCAAGUACAUGGAUCACAGCGUACGUCAUCAAAGUGUUCUCCAUGGCUUACUCCGUCGUUAGCAUGGACGAGCAGCAAGUGUGCAAGCCUCUGCUGUACCUGGUGACCAACAAAGUCAUACAUUCAAGUGGAGUGUACAAAGAGGACAACCCAGUUUAUUCCACCACAAUGACUGGUGGUCUCCGUGGUGAUGACCCACAAAUAACCCUGACGGCUUUUGUCCACAUUGCAAUUGCUGAAGCCAAGAAGGCAGGAAUCAGCUGUGACAGGUCCGAAGUGGAGUCGGCCACCGAAAAGAGCACCCAGUUCCUGAGGAAAGCCCUGCUGACUGGAGGGCGGAGGCCGUACACGGUGGCCAUCACCUCCUAUGCUCUGGCUCUGCAGGGACCACAAAACAACCUCCAUCAGACUUUACUCCAAGCAGCAUCUCCAGAUAAGAGCCACUGGCCUGACAAGGAAAACCACCUGUUCACUCUGGAAGCAACUGGCUACGCUUUGCUAGCGCUGAUAAAGUUGGGACGCAUGGAGGAGGCUGCGGCGCCCUUCAAGUGGCUCAACGGUCAGAGAAGAAGAGGAGGAGGCUUCGGCUCCACUCAGUCCACCAUGGUGGUGCUCCAGGCUCUGUCAGAGUACAUGAUCAGCCGGCCUCCGCCUGCUGACCUCAGCCUGAACGUAGACAUCAGGAUGACCGGACGCAAGGAAAUCCGCUACCACUUCAACCCMAACAACGCCUACGCUGCUCGCUCCUCUAAAUUGCCUGCUGGUAUCGACAUGGAAGUGGUGGCUGAAGGAAACGGACAAGGAAUCCUGGAGGUUGUGACUCAUUACAACCAGCUUCAUGAAGUAGAAGAGAAAACUCCCUGCAGCCACUUUGAGCUCAGCGUUAACAUUGAGGAGUCCAGCGAAAAGCCUCCAGCUGAUGCAGAGAAAUCCUACCAGAUCACCAUCAACGUGAGAUCUUUGGGACCCAGAGACGUCAGAAUGGUGGUUCUGGACAUCAGCCUCCCCACGGGCUUCACCCCAGAAAACUCAGACCUGGAAAUGCUGUCCAACUCUGUGGAUCAUUACAUCAGUAACUUCAAGAUCGUAGAUAAUCUGAGUGACAGAGGGUCUCUGAUCAUCCACCUGUUCAAGGUUUCUCACACAGUGCCAGAAAUUCUCAUCUUCAGGCUCCAGCAGACCUUUAAAGUUGGUCUGCUGCAGCCGUCUUCUGUCACCGUUUACGAGUAUUACAACCCAGGUAAGUGA